AUGGCAAAGUUUCACGAUGUUGCAAUUAAUGACAAUACGGCACAAACAAAUAAAUAUAAUAUUCUGAAAAUGGUAAUGUCAACAGAAUUUGUAGCCACAAAUUCAAAGCGUUCUAAAGUUAAAGAAAUAAUAUUCACGACAAUAUUAUUUCGUCGAUGUUCUUGGCCAAAUCAGCGGGCGAUUACCCUUUGGUCUCACUCAAUUACCCGAUUUUUACCCGUAUAA